AUGCAGACACUACAUUUUCCCUCAUCAGCUGAUUAAUAAAGAACCAGACCGUUCCAUUCAGAAUAAGAGUUAUGGCACAUGUCCACUUAUGACCAGGGGCGGACUGACAACUCAUGGGGCCCCCGGGCAAUAGGGGAUCAUGGGGCCCCUGUGUCCUUGCCCAAACUCAAAAAAGCCUAUGAAAAAGGUACCAGGGGCAUCUCAUGGGGCCCCGUACUGACCCCGGGCCCUCGGGCAGUGCCCGAGUUUCCAAAUGGUCAGUCCGCCGUUGCU